GUGUAUGGUGGAUCCCGAAGCUCGCAUCCAGAAACAGAUAUUUUACACCGCCAAGCAUAUGCUGCUCCCCAUCCUCUGCAGGGCUAUGCUGCAAACCAUCACCCAGCAGGUCUUUCUGGCUUAUUUGAGACUGGGCUCCAUCAUGCCAGCAGUGCCACCCCUGAUGCCUCUGUCAUGAACCUCAUCUCAGCUCUGGAGUCACGGGCACCACAACCAGGCCCUUCUGCUUCCUCCCUGCUGUCCCAGUUCCGCACCCCAUCCUGGCAAACAGCCAUGCACACUCCAGCACCCACUGAACUCUUCAUCUCAGGGGCCCUCCCAGGCUCUGGCACUUUCCCUUCCUCAUCAGCACUCUCUGCUUACCAGCAUCCAGCCUCUUUCAGCGGGCGCAGCUUCCCAGUCACUUCAUCCCUUACCCUCCAGGAUGCUACGUUCAGCCCAACGUCCAAUGGCCUGCUAUCCCCCCAUGAUCCUCUGCUUCACAUCAAAUCGUCUCAGCCCAGUGUUCCUUCAUCCCUCAGCUUUGACCGGCUGGGCAGUACGGUAUUGGGUACGGGCUUACCCACUCAGAGCUCAGCAUAUCGUAGUGCUCAAGAAUCGGCUUCUCGUCACCUCCCCUCCCAGUUCAACCUUUUGUCAUCCUCACUGGGUCCAUCUGACCAGACAACCCAACUUUACAACACCUCAGUCUUCUCCAGUUCUUCUGCCUCCUCCAUUGAGCGGGCCAUCCCCCGGCAAGAUAGUGUGAUCAAACAUUACCAGAGACCUUCUAGUGCCCAGCCACAGCUGUCUGCUGCCCAUUCUCUCCAGCAUUAUCUGAGCUGCGGGGGCAGUUACCAGCAGAUGCCCCACCGCUCGAGCCUUUCAUGUAGUCCCUUGGGUGAGCAGUCUCCUGCCAGUAGUGAAGGCUCUCAGCAGCAGAAGACCCCCCAGGCCACACGACAAGAGCCCUCUCAAAGCUACCAUCCCAUUAUUCAAUCCUCCAGCUAUUCUGGUACCACCUCUUCAAAAUCCAAGAGUUACUCUGCCUCCCGCCAACCACCCCGUUCUACAGCCACGCCCAAGUGCCAAAGCAACUACAGUUCAUCCACACCCAAGCCCAGCUCUGUCAUUGCAAGCCAGUCACAGGCCUAUUCACCUGGUCAGACUCAGAGUCUCCUUUCCAUGAGCCAAACACAGAGUUACUCUGUCAGCCAGCCACAAAAUCUCUCUUCAGUUAGUCAGGCCUCACAGGGAUUCAGCAGCAACCAGGCCCAGGACCUCACAAGUGUUAGUAAAACUCAGAGUUAUUCGACCAAUGGGCAAGCGCAGCAGGGCCAAGCUGGGCAGGGAGGACAAGGACUGCAGACUUGUCAAAAUCAAACUUACUCUCCUGAGCAGCUGCAAGGCUUGUCAUCUGUUGGGUACAGUGUUCAGGCUGAGCCCCAUGUUUCUGUCAGCCAGACACCAACCUAUGUACCGGCUCAUUCUCAAAGGAUGCCCACAGCUAGCCCAUCAUUGAGUUACAGCACUGGCCAUUCUCCAGCUAUGCCAGGGCACAGCCAGUCUAUUGGUUACUCCCAUGGGCAGAACCUUCCAGAUUCAAGUCCUUCCCAGAUCAUCCGGCCUCUCCAGUCACCUACCACUAACAGGCCCCAGAGUGUGGCAUCACCUGGCCAGUCCCAGAAGUAUCUCACUUCUGUAUUGUCCCCUUCAUUCAUGCAGACGGCUCACACACAAAGCUACCAGGGUUCCCAGGGUGGGUUAGAGAGAGGAUCAUCUUACAGUAAAGCCAAGGCCGACUCGGACCUUCUGUCAUCUGAGCAGACUGAAGAUGAAGAGUUUUUAAUCCAGCACUUGCUGCAGUCUCAGAGCCCACCAAGGGUGCCGACAGAAGGCAUGGUAGAGUGUGAGGAGAGGGCAGGGAAAGGGAUGGGCUAUGAGUUGAGUAAGACUGAAGAGCGUUAUCACUUGCAGAGUGUAAUUCGGACGAACUCUAAUCUGGACAACCAAAGCCUGGAGAUGUCCUUGCAAAACUUAAAGGACAAAAAGAAAGGAGGGAGGCCCAAAGAGUACCCACACACAUGCUCAACUCCAGAGUCUUUGGCCACAUCUGUGGUCCAUUACAGCCAUCAAGCUGGGUCAUUAGGCUCUUAUGGACAAGACAUAAAGAAGUCGGUGGAGCAGCACCUCCAGGGUGGCCACAUGGAUUCUGGCAGUAAGGAAAUAUCUCAGGCCCAUUCUUAUUUGCAGAAGACUCCUGAGCAUGCCUCCCAGCCACAUCCCAUGGAGUCUCAUGGAUUGAUGGCUGGCCAGCAGGGUGCUACCCUGAUGUUGGACUCCCCUCCUGAUUUGCCAUCUCUUUCCCUUUCACAGCAGCAGCAGCAACAGCAACAGCAGCAGUCCCAGCUGCUCCAGUCGGUGCUCACUCACACCCAAACCCAGAUGCAGUCUCGUGGGAAGGUUCACACCCCACUGGAUGUCCAUCUUAUGGAGCCUCAGCGCAUGCAUCAGGCUGAAGCACCCUCGCCACAGCUUCAGAUGCAAGCAUUGGAAGCCCACCUCCACCAAGCCCAUGUUCAUUCUCAGAGCAUGGAAGCACAGCUUCUUGAGCCACAGCAGUCCCCUCAGCUCCAAGGCCCGCUGCAGCCAGAAAGGAUGCAGUCUGAGGGCAUUGAAAUGAUGCCCCGAGGCAACCUUUCCCAGUCCCAAGAGAUCCAGGACUUCUUAGAGCCUGAGCUGAGUUUGGAAUCCCACCUGGGACAAAGUGGGACAGUGCAGAGUCAACAGCAUCUCCUUCCUGAUUCCAGUUUGGACCCUGACUCUCAGCAAGUUCCUGAAGGCAAACUUGAGGGCAAGGACCAGUUUGAGAGCCCCAGCCCUCAAGGAGCCAAGCAGCGAUUUGUUCCCCUUACCUCCAUAUGCUUCCCAGACUCUUUGUUACAAGAUGAAGACCGUAGCUUCUUCCCUGGCAUGGAGGACAUGUUUGGCCCCCCUCCCUGUGCCGGGGAUGAGUUCCCUAAGCCAGACGAUGGCACACAGGGUAUGGAGAGGGGUGAAGGAAUGAAAGGAGGCGGCUAUGAUAUAAUGCCUGGUGGACAAGGCUACCAGAGUUACUGCCAAUCAGAAAGUGGGGAUGGACAGCGUUUAGGGUUAGAUACAGUGUCAGUGAAACACGAGUUGCCUUCGACAGUCAACACAGAACAACUGGGACUGAUUCAGCAAACUGGGACAGCUCCGGUUUCAGAAUCCAAGUCAGGCCUGACCUCACCGAUCUUCUGCUCUUCCAAGCCCAAGAAGCUGCUGAAGACUUCCUCCUUCCAUUUGCUGAAAAAACGGGAACCACCUUUCCAACCUCCCCAAAAAAACUAUGCCCAGGAGUAUGAAUUUGAAGAUGAUGAGGACAAGGAGGAUGUUCCAGCUGACAUCCGCCUUAAUAGCCGCCGCCUGCCUGAUCUGCUACCUGACCUCAUUUCCAGCUGCCGGACAAACCGAACCAGCCUUAGCCCCAUGGGCGACAUAGACUUUUGCCCACCAAACAGCAGCCUCAUGGAGGGGCCCAAGCGGCGAGGCCGCAAGCCCACCAAGCCUAAGCGGGAGGGCCCACCGCGCCCUCGUGGGAGACCCCGCAUCCGCCCCCUGACUGAACUGCCCCAUGGUGUGGCUCAUGAUGGCACCAAGAAGCCCCGUGGCCGGGGAAGAGGGAGGGCCAAGAAAGCCAGGGAGGAGGGGGUUGAGCCAGGUGCAGGCUUGGAAUCCCUCAAACCACUCAAGAUCAAACUGCCAGUCCCCAAAGGUUUGGAGGGAUCUAAUUUGGAGGCUCCUACCCCAUCUCACCAGUCCACCCAAGAGAGCAGCUUGGAUAGCAACCAGACAAGAGAGAAGAUCAAACAGAAGAUCAAGGAGGUGGAAGACAAGCAGCCUGAGAUGAAGUCAGGGUUCAUGGCCUCCUUCCUGGACUUCCUGAAGUCAGGCAAGCGCCAGACACUGCCUUCAUCUGCCACCUCCUUGGCAGCUACAGUUGGGAUCUCCAAUGCAGCAGCUCCUGUGGACUGUUCUGCAGGCAGCCCAUCCAAGACAUCUCACCCCCCAUUGUCUAUAUCCUCGUCCUCCCAGCCCCCAGCCCCCUUUAGUAUGGUACCCCCAAUGCUGCCUGGUGGUUUGGAUGGACCAGAAGGAGAUCCGCCUGGGCUUGUUAUGAGCUGUACCAGCCCCUGCAAACGGCUUGACGAGGAGCUGAAGCGUAACCUGGAGACGUUGCCCUCAUUCUCAUCCGAUGAGGAAGACUCUGUAAGCAAGAACCAGGACCUGCAGAAGAGCAUCUCCUCAGCCAUCUCAGCGCUCUAUGAUCCCACUGAUCGUAGGGAUGGAGAACUCAGUGGUGAGUACCAGGACCACCUCUUCUGA